CCCUCGGCCUCGCUCUGCUCCGCUCCGCUCCACCCGGCAAACCAAUGGGAGUUCGCGCGCCGGGGCCCAGCCACCGCCGCGGCCGACGGGGGCGGCGUCAGUGACGGCCGCCGCUUCCGCGACCCUCCGUCGCACGGAGACUCGAUGCUGGUGAUUAGGGACGCGCUGCAGGCGCAGCUUCAAAAGGAUCGCCUUCGCCAGGAGAUCAUCGAGGCCGAACUGGCCAAGAUAGAUCGCGCCAUGGCCCUGCGCCCUGCCACCCUUAACUGCAUUUCUGAUGUGCAACAGGGUAAGCCGGUAUCCUGCUCCUUGAUUGAGGAGUUCAUGACGCACCGUGGGUUUUUGGGUGCUGGCCACGAUCUGAAGAAAAAGGAUGAAAGGCAUGGGAGUUUAGAAAUGAAGCCCUGGAAUCCUGUCAUGGGAAUGGGAUAUCGCCUCGGUGAAUGCUCGACUGACGGCAAGGCAGGCCAGGAGAGUAAAAUGCAAGAAUCAAAUGAGACUAAACAGCCCAGGCCCCGUUCACUGACCUGGGAGCUGACAGAAGUAACCUUACCAGUAAAUCAACCAAAGGCACCUCAGAGAUGGAGCUGCACCGUCUGCCAGGUGGAAGCAACAAGUGAGCACAACCUACAAGAGCAUUUUGCAGGGCAGAAGCACCAGGCAAAUGUAGCGAGCUUGGAAUCAAGAAACAAUGGAGGAAGGCAGCAGACAGCGAUUCGUGCCCUUCAGCAGGAAGAAAGCAAGAGUACGGCAAUGGAUUAUGUGUACGUACGACCACCCUCUGCUGGGGGUAAACUACCUCUGAAUGGUUCUAGGAGCAACGUUGCAAGCUCGGUGAUGGCGCGGCACAUGAUGUCGCUAUAUUUCUGCAAGGUUUGUAAUGUGCAGUGCAGCAGUGAGGUUAUGUUUGAGGACCAUCUUCGGGGGAAGAAGCACAGAGGGAAGAUGCGGAAGCUGAAGGUGAGGACUUUUUGCAAGGUCUGCAAUCUGCAGUGCCACAGCGAUGAGAUGCUCGCCGACCAUCUUGCUGGGAAGAAGCAUCAGAAAAAGGCAAGGGUAAUGGGGCUGAUUUGAAGCAUGGCGCUGGAACUAUGGAUGCGUUGAUGAUUCAUGGAGGGGCUGCAACUAUCUUUUGCUCACUACAUAUUUGGAUUUUUACUGUUAUCAAAUAUAUGCCUGCUAUAAAAUGUUGCAAUGCUACAAUGCUAGUAUAAAGUUAGUUCCAAUGGU